GUCGGCAUUUAGCCAUGGCCCCCAAAUGGAAGACUUCCUUGAGAAACUUUCCAGGGAACGCCUUCACGCGGCAUUUGCUUCGAUGGGAUUUGGUGAAUCGCUUGGCUGAGAAACCGGACCGCCUCAGCGUCUCUGAACUGCUGCUGCUGGCCCGACAGUUCUUCGCUCUACACGCCCUGCUAGGCUUGCUGGGUUUGUUGGUGGAGGCACUGGCGCAAACAGUGACGCUUGCGGGCCUUUGGAAUGUGGCUUUCCCACUGACCGGCAUGCACUUUGCCAGGGAGAAUGGAGGUGGUAAUCGCGCUGUGCGAUGGUGGAUUGCAUACUGGCUUCUGGAGACCUUGUUUAACUUCUUCCAGAGUAUCAGCCGUGGUGAUACGAAUUUGCGAGCACUAGCGGUCUAUGGUGUGCAAUGGUUGGCUUUAGCACGUCUGUGGUGUUGGCUGCACGUGCAGCAAACCUCUUCAGUCCAAUUCUACUUGAACAUUGUGAUUGAGAGCGGCAAGGAGACUUGGCUGAGCCGCGCCACGGCCAGCACCAUUCGCAGCACCCGAAGCACAUCGGUGGAUUUGCUGGCGGACAAGACUUUCGCAGAUGACAAGUAUGCCUCACGCCUGGCGGACAGCGUGGAGAAGAUGAUCUGCGAAAAGCUGCGGGAUGAGGCCGCCAUCUUGGCGAAGGCCAAGAAGCAUUUUCAGCGAGGGAAUUUGAUCGUUGUUUUGGUCUCCAUUGAGCGAAUUGAUAUGAGGAAGAUGCUGGAGCUAAAGGGUGAACAGCACCGACUCAGAAGGGUCGACGUCAUCAUGCGCUUUUUACGCUUCGUGCCACUGCCACUGAAGCCCGAUUUCGAAGAAGUGCUUUUGUCACAGCUGUGUCGCAACAUGAUUGGCAACGUGCCCUCGCAGUUGACCCGGCAGAUGUGCGAAAUCGGUGGCGUGAACGUGGAAGUUGAAGCCAAGAGCAAGGAGCAGCAGGCAGACUAUUUGUUGGAAGCCAUGCGGCAGUUGGAUGAAGAAGACAUCCAAGACGCCAAGAACCGUCGAAGCUAUGCCUUUGGCGGCGACGAGGUUUGGCCCUUCUUCUGUGGCUAUGGCCAUGCCAAGGUGCGACAUGUGCCCACCACAGCGUGCUACCCCAGGCAAGUGACUUGCAGCAUCGCUCCCCACGUCCCCGACUGAAAGCAGACCGGCCGACUGCUGGCCGUGCUCGGCCGUGCUGUUGAGCAGCUGAGAUGAUCAAAGUUUCUACUUGGAAGUUCAUCCCUAGUUUGCAU